AUGGCUAGUACCGCUGAAAAGAAUCAUGCGCUGCCGAACGAGACGUAUUCGCGUUUGAUGGGCUUCGUUUCGGGUAUGUUCUCUGGAUUUGCCAAAAACGCUGUGGGACACCCAUUUGACACCAUCAAAGUGAGAUUACAGACAUCUCAAGACACCGGUAGAUUCAAGGGACCCUUGGAUUGUGUUUACCAGACGAUGAAGCAGCAAGGCAUUCGUGGUUUCUAUUUGGGGUUCACUCCUCCACUGGUUGGAUGGAUUUUGAUGGAUUCCGUCAUGUUAGGGUGUCUUCACAACUACCGCAUGCUACUGAAAAAAUACGUUUAUACCCAUGAGGAAAAACUGCCACUAUCGGGGUGCAUAUUGAGUGGGGUUAUGGCAGGCUGGUCUGUCAGUUUCAUCGCGGCGCCAGUUGAACUAGCCAAGGCCAAAUUACAAGUUCAAUACGAUGCCUCAACUGCCAAAUACAAGGGACCCAUCGAUGUUAUCCGCAAAGUUUACAGUGCCGACGGGAUACGGGGCUUGUACAAGGGUUUGAUCAGCACUCUUAUCUUCAGAACCCAUUUUGUUUAUUGGUGGGGGUCCUACGAGCUUCUCACACAGUGGUUCAAGAAAAACACCAGUAUGAGUGACACUGCGAUUAAUUUUUGGGCAGGCGGCUUCAGCGCAUCGUUUGGGUUUUGGACUACGGCGUAUCCCAGUGACGUUAUCAAACAGGUAGUUCUCUGCAACGACAAAUACGACGGAAGCUUCAAGUCCUGGAGAAUGGCAGCUUCGGACAUUUGGCGCACACGAGGUCUCGCUGGAUUUUUCAAAGGCUUCGUGCCUAGUUUUUUGAGAAGUUUCCCUGCGAACGCCGCUGCUCUAGCAUGCUUCGAGUUUGUGCUGCGGACCAGCGGUGCCAAAUAA